AUGGAGACGCCUCAGGAUCUGCGCCCGCCGUCCGUCCUGGACUGCUACCCAACGGUUAACGCUAGAACAAAAUCUGGGUUCGUGAACAACCACUGGUUGCUGUUCGUCGAGUCAGACCAGCAUCAACUGCAACUGUCAUUUCUCAUCGAGAUUGUGACGGCCCUGGGAAGCUUGGCAACCUCCAACGUGGUAUGA